AAUGAAUCAAAAUUAACAAUUAGAAUUGAGUAAAGAGAAAGUCCCUUUAUUCAAAUUUAUUCUCAUUGGAGAUUAAUGUAUUAAGAAUUUUCAACUUAGCUGUUGGAAAAAGCUGUAUUGUGUAACGCUAUCAAAAUGAGGAGUUUAAGCAUAACAUUAAAGCAACAAUAGGAGUGGAAUUCAUCAAAAAAUUAGUUUAGGUUGAUAAAGGGUUGGUGGAACUGUAAAUAUGGGAUACAGUAUUUAUUCAAAAUCUCAAUUUUUUCAUUAGGCUGGUUAGGAAUAAUUUCGUAGUGUGAUUAGAGGAUUUUAUCGUGGAUCGGCAGCUGUCUUCAUUGUAUAUAGUGUCAACUAAAAAGAAUCAUUUGAUUAAUUAUCAAUUUGGAUGAAUGAAAUAGAAUAACACGCACACCCUGAGAUUAUUAAAGUUUUAGUUGGGAACAAAUGUGAUUUAUCAAGAGAAGUUCAAACAGAAGAGGCUGAGUCUUUUAUGAAUAAUAAUAAAUUUAGUUUAUUUUUUGAAACAUCUGCAAAAACUGGAGAAAAUGUAGAGGAAGUAUAAAUAACCAUAUUGUUUCUUUAGGCAUUUAUAUAAUCAGCUAAGUUAGUGCUAUUAAAGUAUUUUAGUAGUGAAUCAUUUAGAUAAGCUACAAGAGUAAAUAAAAAGUCAGCUGAUCCCAUUAAUAUAAUUAAAUCAUUUUCUGAAACCUAAUCAUUUGAAGGGCAGUCUCCAAAUAUAUAGAAAAAUUAAAAUUAAUCAAGUUGUUGUUGA